AAUGCUUCAUAUCCCAGAUGUUGUAAUUGGUAUUGAAAGGGCCAAUCAUAAACACUUCGAUGACAUUUACGAGACCUAAAAGCUGGCUAAUCCUGUUAAAAUCUGCAUGAUCAAGGUUUAAUAUAACAAAGAACAUGUUACAGGGGUUAAGCUAAAAUACAAAGGAAUUGAUGGAAGAAUAGCAAAAGGAACUUGUUCAAUGAAGUUCAAAUUGCUUGGAGGUCUACUCUCUGGAACAAAAAAAGAAAAAUACAAUAUUGCUGACGGUAAUAACUUAUUUUAUAUUUUAGAUGAUUUCAUCAAGGAAAUACAUGGAUUUGUUGGUACAGAAAUCAAUCAAUUUGGAUUUACAACAUACAAAGGAGUAAGCCAUAGAUGCGGUGUAGCAAAAGGAGUGUCAUUCUCUCACCACUUCCCUCUUCAUACAUUCUCCUCAGCAAGAGGCUCUUAUGAUAAGUUCUUAGAUUUUAUAGCCUUUAGAGUAGUUCCACUUACUCCUGAUUAAAUAAAAAAAUUGGUAAUAAAUAUUGCUAUAUUCUUAGGGAUUGAGUUAACAAUAAGGGAAUGUUAAUAUUGUUGUUACAUAAGUCACUUAGCCUCCUCCUCCAGGAUAAUAUCCCCCACCUCCAUAGCCUGGAUAAUAUCCACCACCUGGAUAAUAUCCACCACCUGGAUAAUAUCCACCACCUGGAUAAUAUCCACCUCCUGGUUAAUAUCCUCCUCCAGGAUAAUAUCCUCCACCUGAAUAAUAUCCUCCUCCUGGGUAGUAUCCUCCUCCUGGAUAAUAUCCCCCACCUGGGUAAUAUCCACCACCUGGACAAUAUCCACCUCCUGGUUAAUAUCCUCCUCCCGGAUAAUAUCCACCUCCUGGUUAAUAUCCUCCUCCUGGAUAAUAUCCACCACCUGGGCAAUAUCCACCUCCAUAAAAUACUACUGUUAUCAUUGAGAAACAAGCCCCUCCUCCCCCUCCAUAAAAAAGUGGUGGAGGUGGUGCUGUUGCUGGAGCACUUAUUGGAGGUGCAUUGAUUGGAGCAGCUAUGGCAAAUAAUAAUCAUCAUCAUCACGGCCCAGAAGUUGUUAUCGUAAAAAAACACGGCCAUCAUCAUCAUUGAA